UAAGAUCCUAAAUGUACCAAUGUCUUCCCAACUUGCUGCAAACCAUUGGAACCAACAGCAAGCUGAACAGGAGGAGAGAAUGAGGAUGAAAAAGCUCACUUUGGAUAUCAAUGAACGGCAAGAACAAGAGGACUACCAGGAAAUGUUGCAGUCUCUGGCACAGCGUCCAGCUCCAGCAAAUACUAAUCGUGAACGGCGGCCUCGUUACCAGCAUCCGAAGGGAGCACCUAAUGCAGAUCUAAUCUUUAAAACUGGUGGGAGGAGACGUUGAUCCAGCAGCAAGUGUCAUUUCAUUAGGUCCUGUAUCUCUGAUGUUGUGGAUAGUGGAGUCCUCCAGCGAUUAAAUGAGAGCAGUGGACACAUCUCAGCAUGUCAGUCUAGAGCGUUCAGAAUCGAAACCUGGGACAGGCUGGGGCCGUGGGGCAGAAACAACAGCCUCCUCUCUUCCCCCCCAACCCCACACAGAACAAGUGGAAGCUUCCAGUCAUGGCCUACAAAAAAAAAAAAAAAAGCUUUUUGUUAUGGGAACUGCGUUGAGGGUUAAUUUUCUCAUAAGAGCAGAAGUAAAUGAAUCAGAUGGUUAACUUGACCAGUGAGCAGCUCGGUGAAAGUAAAGAUCAACCUGAAAUUCAGAUGGAUUACACUGGAAUGGAAAAGGUCUUUGACAGCUCAGUAUGUGGGAGAACAAAGUUCUAAACUUGACGCAAGUUACUUUAUCUCCGAAUCGAGCACUUUGCGUUGGAAGGAUAUUCUUUGGGGGCUGUAAAUCUACAGUAGAAAAAUGUAGAGCAAAUGGUGAAAUCUGAAAGAAA